UGAUAGAGUAUAUAGACUCGGACCCUGGGUAUCACGACUAUUGGGCCCAGACAGCGGCCCGGACAGCGGCCCACAUAUGUUCAGUAGAUAGCAUUUAUUUCCUUGUACACUAUAUUUAUUCAUAUGUACCCAUUAAAAUAGAUUAGAUACUAUUUAUUAGCCAUUUAUUGGCCUUUUAUUGUAGUUGGGCCUUCUAGGCCCAAGCCUGGAAGCCCAACCCUCUUUUCUCCUAUAAAUACUCCCUAGGGGAGCCAUGUAAAAAAGGAGGUUGGUUGGAAAUUCAUUAUACACAUAUCACUUUAUCUCUCUAGCUCUCCCUUCUCUCUAGGAUUAAAUAAUCCAUCAUUUGGUGCUUUCAUUGAGAGCUAGAAUAUAUCAAGUGAGAUCCUCCCCACCAAAACAAAAGACGUGGUAUCACAUCGGCCCAAUUAGGAGCAAAAUGAAACCCAAAACACACUUUCAAACGUGGGUGUUCAACAACCAGGAAUUUCAAGUAUUCCUUCGGCCAGAACUAAAGAAAGCAACAGAAGUAUACCAGCUGGUUAAUAUCCACUUGGCCUUACAGGUGGCAGCUUCCUAAACCACAAGUCAGCCCACCACUUGAAUAUGACGGCAAGGUCAACUUAAACUUCGAAUAUUGGAUAGCUUCGGCCACAACAUCAAUCGUCAGAAAAGCUUCGCCUCGGCCAAACGCCUCGUCCUCUGUCUCCAAUAAAUAUUGGGACAGCUUCGGCCAUACGCUUCGUCCUCUAUCUCCAAUAUCGGCCUGAGUUGAGUAAAGGGCCCCAUAUCGUCCAAGCAAACCUUCGUCCAGUCAUAGCACCCCUCGUCCUGGGAAUAAGCAAGGCCCCUUGGACUAGGCAGGACCUUCGUCCAGCCGAAAAACCGGCGCCCAUCGGCCAAAGGAAGCUCUUCGGUCAAACCUGAACGUAAGGGGCCGUCGCCCCUCGUCCGUGAAUUAGGCAGUGGUGCUCCACAUUGGCCACAAUGCCCCAUCGGCCGGGCACCUCAUCGGUCAGCCUACCGCCAGGCGACUCCCUCUGCCAAGGCCCUGCAUCAGCAAGCGCCGCCUCUGCCAUUGAGGGGAGCUGAAGGAGGAACAUCAGUCAGGCCAGAACACUUCUGCUGGCAACGUCAUCAACCUGAAACAUCAUCGGCCAGUAUCGCAUCGGCCACAGUAGGGCCACCUCGGCCAGGGAGCUGCACCUCCUUCGUCCAGCGAGCAUCAGCCGGCACCGCAUCGUCCGCACCGCACCGGUCAAAAAGAGGGACACCGCAUCGGCCGCGCACCGCAUCGGCCGCGCACCGCAUCGGACGCGACAGGGCCACCUCGUCAAGCAACCGCGUCGGCCGGGCCGCAUCAGUCAAAACGGGGCCACCUCGUCAAGCAAUGCGCGCAUCGGCCGCACACAUCUGAUGUCACCCAUCGGCCAAACCUGAACAGAGGACUGAGCAAUCCACCUUCGGCCAGAAGCCUCGCAUCGGCCAGAAUAGGGUCACCUCUGCCAAGCGACCACCUCCGGCCAGAUAGGGUCCGAAUCGCCUCAGCCAGGUCAGGACCCUCCCCAUCGUCGUCUCUGGCCCCUCUCCGGCGCCCAAUCGCGGAUCCCUCGGCCACCAUCUGGUCUUCGCGACGGCCGGAGCAGCAAGGACCUCCUCGUCCACAAGGCUUUCCGGCGACGAAAGGGAACCACCUCGCCAUUCUGUUCCACGCUCCACUCCUUCGUAUGGACUUCUCCCCUGCGGAUGAAAUUGGCAAGUAGCGUGAUCUGGAACCAGCAUCUCAAUCAAAAGGGUAGGCUAUCAUCAUAUGGGCCGGCUGUUUAAUCUGCAGGCCCAGUCUUACAUUUCCCUGCUUGAAUUCUAAGCAGGGCAGGCUUCGGCCCAAAUACAGGUAAAUCCCACAAACUCUUCCUCCUAUUUUAUGCAUUAAAUAUGGAGCAAAAUAGUUUUACCACUAUUCAAAAAAAAAAAAUAGUUUUACUACUAUUCCAAAGAGAAAAAGAAAAAAUAGUUUUACUAUUAUUAUUAUCACCACCGUUGCUAGCAGAUUAAAAUCCCCAAUUGGUGCGGGCCAAAAGCCUUAACCUUCCGAACAUCUUUAUUUGAUGAUUCGGAUCAUAUUUGGGUCCAUUGACCUACCAUGGUCAUCUUUAUUUGAUGACCCGGGCAUCUAGAAUGAGAGCCAUCAACGGCCGCACACGACAUUAUGCCUAGAAGCGGUACACAUCAUUCCCCUACACGCUAAUUGCGUCAUCCAAAAGCCGUUGCAAUAAACAACGCACCUAAAGCCGUCGCAAUAAACGACGCACCCAAAGCCGUUGCAAUAAACAACGCACCUAAAGCCGUCGCAAUAAACGACGCACCCAAAGCCGUUGCAAUACACAACGCACCUAAGGCCGUUGCGAUCCACAACGCGCCUACAAAGCCGUUGCAAUAAACAACGCACCUAAAUAUCGUAUCGGCACAAGCGGUGAAACACCCAAAUCGGCCGGCGAUAUGCAGGACGAAGGACCUGUGUGCAUGGUCCAACGUCUUCAAACGGAGAAGCAUACCGCGUCGUCCGCGCGGAAACCGCAGGACGACAGGCCUGAAUUAAGGCUGAGGUUACAAAAACUCCACCCGUCAGUAAAAUUUCGCUCAGGACCACAAAGGGCGGCCGUCAAAAGACGAUGCCUAGUCCGGUCCCUCGUCGACGAUAGACGUGGAAAGGCAAAAAAGAUGCCACUGACAAGCCGAGGGCGUAUUUACUCCCUCGCACUAAUCCACGCGAAAAGCGUAGCGGACAAACUACCGCACAUGGACGAAGGGACAGUAACCCUUCGGCCACCCAAAAAAAAAAAAAAAAAAAAAGAGGGAAGCCGACGGACCGCGCACUUGCCGGCCUCGAGCAAUAAAAAUAAAUAAAUUCCCCAAACUUAUUAUUCGUCUCAAGACCGGCUCCCAAUGCCGAAGCUCUUGCUCCAUCAGCUCAUGAACGGCCUCCCCAACACCGUCAUACUUUUAUAUGACGAUCGGCCUCAUCAUCGCCUCGUCAUCAUUAUUCGGAUCGGCUCAUCAUCAUCGCCAUCCGUUCUUCACGAUCGGCCCCUCGGCCACGACGUGAUGCUGUAUCUCAAGACCGGCCUCCUUAGCGCCAAGUAUCUUGAGCUAGCGACCGGGCUCAUCAUCCCUUCCUGGAUGGUGACCGUCGCCUUUAUAUGACGAUCGGCUCAUCAUCGCCUCGUCAUCAUUAUUCGGAUCGGCUCAUCAUCAUCGCCAUCCGCACAUCACGACCGGCCUCCCGGCCUUGGCGUGAUUAUUUCUUCUCAAGACCGGCUUCUCAUCGCCAAGUGUCUUGAGUUGGCAAUCGGGCUCGCCGUCCCUUCCUGGAUGGCGUCCGUUGCCUCUACAUGACGAUCGGCUCAUCUUCGCCUCGUCAUCAUCCGGAUCGGCUCAUCAUCAUCGCCGUCCGCUCAUCACGACCAGGCCCCCGGCCUCGGCGUGAUGCCUUAUCUCAAGACCGGCUUCUCAUUGCCAAGUGUCUUGAGUUGGCAAUCGGGCUCGCCGUCCCUUCCUGGAUGGUGACCGUUGCCUCUAUAUGACGAUCGGCUUCAUCAUCGCCUCGUCAUCAUUAUCCGGAUCGGCUCCUCAUCGCCGUCCGCUCAUCACGACCAGGCCCCCGGCCUCGGCGUGAUGCCUUAUCUCAAGACCGGCUUCUCAUUGCCCAGUGUCUUGAGUUGGCAAUCGGGCUCGCCGUCCCUUCCUGGAUGGUGACCGUUGCCUCUAUAUGACGAUCGGCUUCAUCAUCGCCUCGUCAUCAUUAUCCGGAUCGGCUCCUCAUCGCCGUCCGCUCAUCACGACCAGGCCCCCGGCCUCGGCGUGAUGCCUUAUCUCAAGACCGGCUUCUCAUUGCCAAGUGUCUUGAGUUGGCAAUCGGGCUCGCCGUCCCUUCCUGGAUGGUGACCGUUGCCUCUAUAUGACGAUCGGCUUCAUCAUCGCCUCGUCAUCAUUAUCCGGAUCGGCUCCUCAUCGCCGUCCGCUCAUCACGACCAGGCCCCCGGCCUCGGCGUGAUGCCUUAUCUCAAGACCGGCUUCUCAUUGCCAAGUGUCUUGAGUUGGCAAUCGGGCUCGCCGUCCCUUCCUGGAUGGUGACCGUUGCCUCUAUAUGACGAUCGGCUUCAUCAUCGCCUCGUCAUCAUUAUCCGGAUCGGCUCCUCAUCGCCGUCCGCUCAUCACGACCAGGCCCCCGGCCUCGGCGUGAUGCCUUAUCUCAAGACCGGCUUCUCAUUGCCAAGUGUCUUGAGUUGGCAAUCGGGCUCGCCGUCCCUUCCUGGAUGGUGACCGUUGCCUCUAUAUGACGAUCGGCUUCAUCAUCGCCUCGUCAUCAUUAUCCGGAUCGGCUCCUCAUCGCCAUCCGCACAUCACGACCGGCCUCCCAGACUUGGCGUGAUUAUUUCUCCUCAAGACCGACUUCUCAUUGCCAAGUGUCUUGAGUUGGCAAUCGGGCUCGCCGUCCCUUCCUGGAUGGUGACCGUUGCCUCUAUAUGACGAUCGGCUUCAUCAUCGCCUCGUCAUCAUUAUCCGGAUCGGCUCCUCAUCGCCAUCCGCACAUCACGACCGGCCUCCCAGCCUUGGCGUGAUUAUUUCUCCUCAAGACCGGCUUCUCAUUGCCAAGUGUCUUGAGUUGGCAAUCGGGCUCGCCGUCCCUUCCUGGAUGGCGACCGUUGCCUCUAUAUGACGAUCGGCCUUCACAUCGCCUCGUCAUCAUAUGUUGGACCGGCUCAUUAUCGCCGUCGUCCUUACAUCGCGUCCGGCCUCUCGGCUAAGGCGUGAUACCCUAUCUCAAGACCGGUCUUAGUCAUCCCUUCCCGGAUGGCGACCGUUGCUUGGAUCUUCGGAUCGGCUCAUCAUCAUCGCCAUCCGCACAUCACGAUCGGCCCCCCGGCCUCGACGUGAUGAUCUAGCUCAAGACCGGCUCCCUUAGCGCCAAGUGUCUUGAGCUAGCGACUGGGCUUGCUAUUCCCUUCCGGGAUAGCAACCGUCGCCUCUACAUGACGAUCGGCUCAUCUCCGCCUCGUCAUCAUCAUUAUUCGGAUCGGCUCAUCAUCAUCGCCAUCCGCACAUCACGACCGGCCUCCCAGCCUUGGUGUGAUUAUUCCUUCUCAAGACCGGCUUCUCAUCGCCAAGCGUCUUGAGUUGGCAAUCAGGCUCGCCGUCCCUUCCUGGAUGGUGACCGUUGCCUCUACAUAACGAUCGGCCUUAUCAUUGCCUCGUCAUCAUAUCUCGGACAUGCUCCUCAGCAUCUUCGUCCUCACAUCACGAUCGGGCCCUUCGGCCACGACGUAAUGCUUUAUCUCAAGACCGGCUCCCUCAGCGCCGAGUGUCUUGAUCUAGCGAUUGGGCUUGCUAUUCCCUUCCGGGAUAGCAACCGUCGCCUCUACAUGGCGAUUGGCCUAUCAUUGCCUCGUCAUCAUACAUUGGACCGGCUUAUCAUAGUCGUCAUCCUCGCAUCGCGGCCGGCCUCUCGGCCAAGGCGCGGUACCUUAUAUCAAGACUGGUCUUAGCCAUUCCUUUACUGGGUGGCGACCAUUGCAUGGAUUUUUGGGUUGGCCCCUCAGUUCCGAUCAUGGCAGGCCCUCGGCCUCGACGUGAUCAUAUUCCCCAAGACCGGUCUCAGUCAUUCCUUCAUCGGAUGGCGACCGUUGCUUGGACGUUUGGCUCAGCCUCAUAGUGCUGACGACCUCGCAUCACGACCGGCCCCCCGGCCUCGACGUGAUGCCCUAUCUCAACACCGGCUUUAUCAGCGCCAAGUGUGUUGAGCUAGCGAUCGGGCUCCCCAUCCCUUCCUGGAUGGUGACCGUCGCCUCUACAUGACGACCGGCUCAUCUCUGCCUCGUCAUCAUUAUUCGGAUCGGCUACCCAUUAUCGCCAUCCUUAUAUCACGACCGCCGCCCCGGCCUCGGCGUGAUGAUCUAUCUCAACACCGGCUUCAUCAGCGCCGAGUGUGUUGAGCUAGCGAUCAGGCUCGCCAUCCCUUCCUGGAUGGUGACUAUCGCCCCUACAUGGCGACCGGCUUAUCAUCGCCUCGUCAUUGUUAUUUUGGAUCGGCUCCUUAUCACGGCCGUCCUCACAUCACGAUCGGCCCCUAGGCCACGAUGUGAUGUCCUAUUUCCGAGACCGGCCUCUCAUUGCCGAAUGUCUUCGGUUAGCGAUCGGGCUCGCCAUCCCCUCCUGGAUGGCGACCGUCGCCUCUAUAUGAUGAUCGGCUCAGCAUUGCCUCAUCAUCGUAUCAUCAGACAGGCGUCCCACGCCCCGUCCUCAUAUUCAGACAGGCGUCCAGCGCCUCGUCCUCAUAUUCAGACAGGCGUCUAACGCCUCGUCCUCAUAUUCAGACAGGCGUCCAACGCCUCGUCCGCAUAUAUUCAGACAGGCGUCCAACGCCUCGUCCUCACAUUCAGACAGGCGUCCAACGCCUCGUCCUCAUAUUCAGACAGGCGCCCAGCGCCUCAUCCUCAUAUUCAGACAGGCGUCCAACGCCUCGUCCUCAUGUUCGGAUCUAGCAAACAUCUUGCGGUCUCCGGCUCAGAGACUAAAGGAUCUCAGAUCUCAUCUAUAGGCCCAUCGGCCAUAUAUCUUGCUCUGCCAUCUUUAUUUGAUAACGAGAAGCUCAUCUAUAGGCCCCUCGGCCAUAUACCGCUCUGUCAUCUUUAUUUGAUGACGAAGAGCUCAUCUACAGGCCCAUCGGCCAUAUGCCGCUCUGUCAUCUUUAUUUGAUGACGAAGAGCUCAUCUACAGGCCCAUCGCCACAUAUUAUUCUGUCGUCUUUGUUUGAUGACGAAGAGCUCAUCUACAGGCCCAUCGGCCAUAUAUUAUUCUGUCAUCUUUGUUUGAUGAUGAAAAGCUCAUCUACAGGCCCAUCGGCCACAUAUCGUUCUGUCAUCUUUAUUUGAUGACGAGGAACUCAUCUAUAGGCCUCUGAGCCAUAUCUCGCCCCGUCGUCUUUAUUUGACGACGUGGAGCUCUUAUGCAGGCCCCUCGGCCACACAUCGCCCCUUCGUCUUUAUUUGACGACGUGGAGCUCUCAUAUAUGCCUCUCGGCCACUACUCCCAGUCAUCUUUAUUUGAUGACGUGGAGCUCACAUCGGCCCAUCGGCCUCAUAUUCUGGUCAUCUUUAUUUGAUGACGUGGAGCUCACAUCGGCCUAUCGGCCUCAUAUUCUGGUCAUCUUUAUUUGAUGAACCAGACAUCAUAUUAUGGACGGUCGCUCGACCCAUCCCUUAGUCAUCUUUAUUUGAUGACUAGGACUACUGAUCAUGACGAGCUACCCACAUCUAUGGAUCGGCCUCAGCCAUCCCCUCGGCAGAAGGACACCGCUGCAGCUCCACCUCUAGGCCGAAGGGCUCGCACCUUUUGCUUCGUUCUGGGGGCAUCCGAUGUACUCUUUUUCCCUCAUUAGGAUUUUUUCCCACAGGGUUUUUCCUAAUGAGGUUUUUAACGAGGCAUCUCCCCAUUGUGGAUCAAAAGGUGUCAACCCUCGGCCCCCUGUUGCAGACAUCAUCAGACAUGCAUUACUCUACUCCUCUUCACCUCGUUACACUCGCCUCAAGGAGUGGGGGACUGGGAGAGCGGGGGACUUGGCGCCUUCGCUACCAAAGAAGCAGAAAUUCAAAAUUUUUGCAAGGAUUGCCACUCGCACCGACGACAUCAUCAUAUCACAUACAUAUUCAGCUGCCACAUCGGCCAGUACAUAUACAUAGCUCCCCGGCCUCAGGACCGGUGGUGAUGGUCUCUGGCCUGCGACCUUCGGCUGAGGAUUUUCCCACAGGGUUGCCUCAGCCAGGGCUCACCAGUGGGAUCGGAUCAUCAGCUUGGGAAUCCGGGCGAGGCGCUUCGACGACGACAGCAGUUUACUCACCGGACGACGACAGAUCAGCACACAGUUCUACUCUCUUUUCGCCUCGAGUACUCUCGACUCAGAGAGUGGGGGACUCCUGAUAGAGUAUAUAGACUCGGACCCUGGGUAUCACGACUAUUGGGCCCAGACAGCGGCCCGGACAGCGGCCCACAUAUGUUCAGUAGAUAGCAUUUAUUUCCUUGUACACUAUAUUUAUUCAUAUGUACCCAUUAAAAUAGAUUAGAUACUAUUUAUUAGCCAUUUAUUGGCCUUUUAUUGUAGUUGGGCCUUCUAGGCCCAAGCCUGGAAGCCCAACCCUCUUUUCUCCUAUAAAUACUCCCUAGGGGAGCCAUGUAAAAAAGGAGGUUGGUUGGAAAUUCAUUAUACACAUAUCACUUUAUCUCUCUAGCUCUCCC